UGUCCAAAUAUGCAUGCUCAUAGAUGUCCUAAUUAGAUGAAUGAGUGGGGGCGGGAGGGGGAUUCCGGGGUUGAGCAAUUCAUAUGGCAUUCCGCAGCCCCCUACCCCUUCCUACAGUCCCCCCCCCGCAUAUCCUCUCGUCUUUUCCCCUCAUCUAACCCCCUUCCCGCAGCUGCAGUAAAUACCAGGGCAGUGCAUGCCACCGCCUUAAUAACAGGCGAGACAUUACGCCUCUCCUUUUCCGCUCUUCCUCCUGCACCCCUCCUUUUCCGCUUUUGUCACGAUGGGGCGAGGAAGUUGGGCGAGCGGAACCGGCCCUGCAAUAGCCGAGGCAGACGAGGAAUGCGGCUUGCAUACGCCGCCGCAUGAACGGAAUGAGAUGAGACGGCGAUGUGUCAUGUGGAAUUGCGGCGUUGGUUUGGCACGUUGGAGUAUGCACGUUGGAACGUUGGAACCAGAGGAGAUGGAAGCGGAGGGCAGACACAGGAACGCCACACUGGCGCGCCACUGUUCCUCG